AUGGAGCUGCAGCAUCAAAACGAAGAAAUAAGAUUGAAGGCUGAAGCAGAUCAAGCUCGGUCAGAAAAAGAGAGGGAGGAAGCACGUAAGAAAUCAGAAGAGGACUUUCAACUCCUUCGAGAGGAAGCAAUCGGGGAAAGGGAACGACUCCGAAAAGAAGCGGAGGAAACACAUCGUAGAUUGGAAGACACCCUUCAACAACAAGAGCAGUUACGAAAGGCCAAUGAGGAGAUGCAAAACAGACUUGACGCUACCAGGAUCGGCUACCGAUAUGCAGAUCGUUUGAAUCCCGAUGCCCGGAUGUUGAUAUCAAGAGGAACCGAUGUAAUACGUUGCAAAAUGUUCGUUGGCACGUUAUCUGAAAUCACUCUUGAAUGGUUCAGCACUAUUCCGAGUUCCACUAUUACUUCGUUUGCUGAAUUUAAGCGCGCUUUCCUGGAAAGAUUCUCGGCUAAUAGGGCUAAACCGGUCAUGAAGGUGGUGGAUCCUAACGAUGGAUUACUCGUGAAAGCCUUUGUAAAAGGGCUUCGGGCAAGUUCUUUCAGUGAAUCUCUAUACCGCAUUCCACCAAAAUCCCUGAUGGAGAUAAGAUUAGCUAAAUGGGCUAUAGAGCUUUCAGAGUAUAGUAUACAAUAUGAUUCUGGAGGUCCAAUUCGAGCACAAUUUCUGGCUGAUUUUGUAGUAGAGCUUUCUGAUCUGGUUAAAGAUCGAGAAAAGGAUGGGUCAGCAUGGAUCUUAUCUGUUGAUGAAUCCUCUAAUUUAAAGGGGAGCGGUGCUGGAGUCGUGUUGGAAGGACCUGAAGGUGUGUUGAUUGAGCAAUCUUUGAGGUUUGCGUUCAAAGCUAGUAAUAAUAAGGCUGAAUACGAAGCUUUGAUAGCUGGGAUGCUUUUGGCCAAGGAGAUGGGAGUUUCAAGAUUGUUAGUAAAAAGCGAUUCUGCAUUAGUAACAGGGCAGGUAAAAGGCGAGUUUCAAGCCAGGGUUCCCCAGUUGGCCAAGUAUUUGGAGGUUGUUCAAGUUAUAGCAAAGAAUUUCGUGUUCUUUAAGUUUGUGCAUGUACCCAGGGAGCAAAAUUCCCGAGCUGAUUUGUUGUCGAAGCUGGUUCAGACAUCUUCAGAAUCUUGGAUGAUACUGAUGAAAAGUUAUCUUGCAGAUGGUCGGUUACCUCCCGACGAGGGGGAGGCGAGUAGAAUAAAAAAGAGCUUGGGCCGGUAUAUGUUGAUUGAUGGUAAUUUAUUCCGGUAUGGAAUUUCUCGUCCUUUGUUAAUUUGUGUUGAUUUGAAGGAGGCUUUUCGGAUUAUGACUGAAUUGCAUGAAGGAAUAUGUGGGAGUCACAUUGGUGGAAGAGCUCUGAUGUUAAGAGUUGUAAGAGGUGGAUUCUAUUGGCCCACCAUGAAACAGGAUUGUAUGGAAUAUGUGAAAAAGUGUGAAUCAUGUCAGAAACAUUCUGAUUGGAGUAAGGCACCACCUGAAGUGUUGCAUUCCAUUAAUACACCAUGCCGAGUUAGAGAUUUUAUCUGGAAACAUAUAAUAUGUAGAUUUGGAGUUCUUCGGCGAAUUAUAUCGGAUAAUGGGACCCAAUUUGCAUGUUCGCAAGUUGGGCAGUUGUGUGAAGAAGUCGGGGUGAAGCAUGUUUUCUCGUCUGUAGAACAUCCUCAGACGAAUGGUCAGGCAGAAACAACUAAUAAAGUUUUAUUAAGAGGUAUUAAGCGAAGAUUAACAGCAGCAAAAGGGGAAUGGCCGAAUGAGAUACAUCGGGUGUUAUGGGCCUAUCACACCACGCCUAAGUCGUCUACACGUGAAACACCGUUUAAUUUGGUCUACGGAACAAAUGCUAUGAUACCUGUGGAGAUUGCAGAAAAUUCUGACAGAGUUAGGGCAUUCACAAAAAAAGUGUCUGAGGUCGGACUUCGUGCGAAUCUGGAUACUUUAGAGGAGGCAAGGGAAUUCGCUCGAAUUUCAAGGGAGGCUAUAAAGAGACAAUUGGAGAGGAGGUAUAGGACCAAGGUGAUACCAAGAAAAUUCCAGGUGGAAGAUUUGGUGUUGUGA